AUGUGCAUUGAUACAAGUGACAAGUUGGAUAUGCCACGAUAUUGUGAGGAGAUAAUGCUGCAGCUCGGGGCCCGGAUUGUGGCACACUAUCACCGAACUGGUGAUGCCCUGGUGCCGAUGCUGCAAAUGCAGGAUGCGCUGACUGGCAGCAAAGUGGAUGGGCUGGAGACGUGUGCGCCUGCCAUGAUGCUCGCAAGGCUCUUGCAGGUGGAGCGGGACAGCCUUUCAACCAGACCGGCUUUGACAAGGUCGAAGCUGCUUCAGCUGAAGGCUUUCUGGUCAAAGUUGCAAAGAGAAGGCUUCGCUGCCGAGGCACUGGCCUGGGUGAACGCCAGCAGGGCACCCACUACAGGAUCUCUGCGUGAAGCCCCGUCGGCAGACUGGUUGAAUGUGACGAGCGCCAGCAUCCGCCAGAGCUUUGAGCGCAUUGAUGCGCAGGUCAAGCAGCUUGCCUCGCUGGCAAUGCUGCGGCGGAAAAUCGGUUUCAAGGUGAACGUCGUGAUGCCCUUUUGCGCACGAGCAGAUGAACAGUACCUGAAGCCGCUGGAGUCCUUGGUACUGCAGGUCUGGAAGCCGCAGUAA